GAGAGCUCGGUUGGAGUGGAGACACAACUAACUAACUUAGCUGCAGUCACUCAAGUUAUUGAUCCAAAACUUCAUCAGCACUUAGAAGCACUUGGUGGAGGUGACUAUCUAUUUGCUUUCAGAAUGCUAAUGGUUUUGUUCCGUCGAGAAUUCUCAUUUUGUGAUUCGUUGUAUCUCUGGGAGAACCCAAGUUGAAAUGGCUCGAAUCUCAGCCAGAAGGUUUCUAACAGGGGGUGGUAGGCCGGUUAACAAGAAGGAAUGUUGUUGCGGCUGCAGCUGCGUAUUAUUCUUCCUCAUCUUAUUCGGCGGCGCUAUCUGCACUUCGCAGGUCUUCAAAGCUGACAACCCCAAAUGCUCCGUCGACUACUUCUACCUGCCGGCGCUCAACAGAACCCUGAACUCCACCACCAAUUCCACGUUGUACUUCAAUCUGAAGCUGGAAAACCCCAACAGCGGCAUCGGUAUUAACUACAACGACGUGAAGGUCAACGUCACCGUGUUCGACGCCGUGGGAAACGGGUCCCAGUCGUCUCACCUCCUGGGGGACACUACGAUCCAGCGCUUUCACCAGGGGUAUAGAAAGACGGCUAAGAAACCGGGUCAUGUGGACUAUAACAUGACCGUGAUUUCCCAGGGGCUUUUCCCUAACGCAACGGCGGUUUUCCGGAUAGAUUUGGUGACGGCCGUGAGGUUCAAGGUCAUGUUUUUGAGGAGUAAGAGGCAUAAUAUCAUGGUGGGGGCAAAAGUAGUAGUUGAUGGGAAUGGUUCUAUGGUUCUUCCAAAGAAGAAGAAGGACAUUGCACUCGGUUCCAUGGCUCCAAAGCAGGGAUGCUGCAGCUUGGUUCUGCUGAUUCUGGGGAAUUUUCUGGCCUUGAUUAAUUUGGUCACUUUUUUGUGAGUUUUUCUUGCUUUUAGCUUUGUUAAGCCUUUUGAUUUUUGUCUUCUCUUUCUCAAAAAGAAAGAAAAUGUUGUUACGUAUGAGGAAUUUGCUUGUGGAAAUUUGAUUCUUAUUUCCAUAAAAAGAUAAAUUAAUU